GUGGGAUACAAAGGCUUAUUCCCCUGAAACACAGAAUAGCAGACGAGAUGCCAUCUCCCAGGGUUCUGAAGUCUCACCUUCCUGGCCAACUCUUGCCUGCCCAAAUCUGGACAAAGAGGUCUAAGAUUGUCUACGUAAUCCGCAACCCCAAGGACAUGAUAGUGUCCUUCUACCACUUCGAGCGAAUGUUGAAUUUGAAGGGCUCAGGUCAAUCCUUCGCGGAAUAUUUGGAGUACAGGAAUUCUACCAAAGCGAGCUAUGGAUCGUGGUGGGAUCACUACUUAUUUUUCUGGAAAAGGAGGGAUGAGCCAAACAUCCUUUUGCUGCGGUUUGAAGAUUUGCAAAAAGACCUGCGUGGAAACGUGAAGAAAAUCAGCCGAUUCCUGGGCAAGGACCUGCCGGCUGAAACGCUGGACGCUGUCACGGAGCACUGCACCUUCGCUAACAUGAAGGAGAAUCCCAUGACGAACCCCGACACGCUCUACACACCAAGAGACAAACCGGAAAGCACCUUCAUGCGCAAAGGAAAGACCGGGAACUGGAAGACGCACUUUACUGUUGCCCAGAACGAAGCCAUGGACCUCUUCAUCGAGGAGAAACUUCGUGGCACCGGGCUAACAUUCGAUCACUAG